AAAAAAUGUACAGAGUACAGAGUUCUGAGGAGAAAACGGUUUGCAACAGCGAACGAGUUUUAGUUAUUACUUCAAAAUAGUGAAAUACAUGUUGUCACUGAAACAGGAUCAUUCGAGUUCGGAAUUCAAUAAACAAAUUGGCACCAACAAAUGCCAAAUGUAACGUAUUCCACUCUAGUGAUAUUCUUUCGAUCUGAACUAUCUGAAAAAAAUAGAACUGAACUGAACCAGUCAACAUAUAUAUGCGUUUUCUCUCGAACGUUAGUAUACUUCAAUUCGAUAUAGAAUUCAUGAUAACUGAUGUAGUUCAGUUCAAGUGAAAUAUUUCAGUUAAUUCGGAACCAAAGAAUAUAUAUCUUAUUCUGUCACAAUGUCAAAAUUGUCAGAAUGUUUAUUUGGUUUCACCAUUUUGGAGGACUUUAUUUUGUUUGUUUGAAAGCACUGGGACACCCUAUAGAAAAACAUUGUUUGAAUAACAAUAAUAAAUAAUAUUUUCCUCUGCUAUCACAGGUAUCAGACUUUCCUAGAAUUCAUAUGACGAAAAAUAAAUGCCAACACUAAUGAGAUUAUUUCUUAAUGAGGCUAUAUAGGAUCAUGCUCUGAAGAGGUGAAACAAUUAUAUAUAUUAUAUAUUGAUAUAGGAACAUCGUACACACUGUAAAUAAAUAAUGGAAAUAGAUUGAACAAAGUUUUACUUCAAAUAGAACCUUUUCGUUAUAGGAUGUGAAGUUUUUAUAUUGUAUCUAUCUAUACGAAGCUAUAGAUAUAUUAUAAUCUAACCCAAUUUUCAAAUUAGGAUAUAAGGAGAAUUUUAAACAGUGCAAUAUCAAGGAUCCGCUAAAAUUUAUUUAAAAACGGUAAGUAAUUGAAUUUGUCAGGCAAGUUUACGAAAUACAGAUUUUUUUAUGCUGAGUAAUUGCUUGGGAAGCUUGGGCAAUCAGAAGGAUUAAAAAUCAGAACAGGAAAUAUGUAAGCUUUUAGUACCAUGUUCUAUUGUUUUGUGCUCAUGCUAGAUUCGAUGAGCUAUUUCAUAUUGUAUAAAAAUAAAGAGUGUGUAUAAUCUUUAUCGCCAUUAUCAGACUAUGUUAAUUUGCAUACGAAAACCUUCCAGAAUUUUAAAUAAAAAGUAGAGUCAGUUAUCAUUCGUACAAUUUCUAUUGAACCACCAUGUCAUUAAAAAUCGGUUCUGUUUUGGUAAUUGUUACAAUAUUAUCUCCUGUUUGCCACGCUGUGGCAUUGAAUCCAUUCACUUGGGGGAAAAAUGAAGCUGAUGAUACCAUCAUUAUGGCCCAUGUGAUUUUUAGACAUGGUAACAGAACUCCACAAACUAGUGAACUAUAUCCCCUAGAUCCGUAUCUGAAUUACACAUAUUUUCCAUUUGGGAAUGGACAACUGACCAAUGCUGGAAAAAAACGAGAAUACUCUAUAGGAAAAGCACUUCGUCAAAGGUACAGUAAAAAACUAUUGGGUAACGUGUAUUACCCGAACCUUGUGGAGGCUUCAAGUACGGAUUACAAUAGGACAAAAGCCUCCUUGCUGUUAGUGGUGGCAAGUCUGUUUGCUCCCGAGGGCAUCGAAACUUGGAACCAUUUCUUGAAUUGGCAGCCAGUACCAUACAACUAUCGACCGACCAACAGAGAUGAAGUUCUUAUCGGAAUCAACUGCCCCAAAUAUGUGCAACUCUACGAAGAACACAACCAAAAACCAAAACUCCAAGCAGAUUUCCAGCAACAUAAAGAUACAUUCGAGUACAUUUCGAAAAAUACAGGUCUGAAUGUGACUUCAUUCUACGAAGUAUACAAUCUAUACUUCGGCAUUUCCACUGAGGAAGAAUGGGGACACAAAUUACCAGUGUGGACUAAAAUCGUGUGGCCGAAGACCAUCAUUGACUUGGCAAUCCAAGAAUAUUUUGUGCAAACUGGCACCACAGAACUAAUCAAGUUAGCCGAAGGAUAUCAUUUGAAGAAAAUAUUGGAAGAUACUCGAAGGAAAAUUGAGAAUAUCAACGAAACACACGGCCGAAAACUCUAUCUCUAUUCCGCGCACGAGAACAACCUGGCAGAAAUGCUGAUACUCCUGGGAGUUUUUGAUGCUCAUAUACCAACAUAUGGUUCCUACCUGAUUUUUGAAGUUCACAAGGUCAACGAAGAAUAUGGAUUUAAGAUUUAUUACCAAAAUUACCUGAGUAAGGAUAUUCAACUGCUAAGGUUACCAGCCUGUGAGGAAUUCUGUCCGAUAGAUAAAUUCACGAAUAUUCUACAAGAAUAUAUUCCAUCUGAUAAGGAUUCAUGUUAUGGUGAAUUGUGAUUUGGAAUAAAUUUUCUACA